GCAUCUUGGUUCUUGCACUUGCAAGGUUGCAUUGCGGUUCUGCAAUUUGGGUUUUUGCACACGGUCCGUGUUUUUGGCCCCCAGCAAGAGUUCUUGCUUUGGGGCAAGCAAGUGGCAUGGCCAAGCCAAUCGGGGCGCAGCGUUGCAUUUGCGGUCCGUGGGUUGACUUAGCCAAGGCGGAGCAGUUUCAUGUGGAAAUCACAACUGCUGCCUAUCCUGCCUCGUGCGGCUACCUCACUUCCCCUGCUGCUGGGGCUUUGCUCAAUCAUGGGAGUGCACUUGCCGCCAACAAUCGCCCGCGCAGGGCGCCAUGCCAGAACUCUAGCAGGUGCGGUCAUCUGGCUGUGCGUUCUUUACAUCGCGAUCACGAAUAUAUUUGCAAGCUGGUUCGGUGCUGUUUUCUGGACGCCGUAUCUCGUGCUGCUGGUGUGGUUGUUCCGCCGGGAGUGCAAGGAGAUCAGGAGAAAAAGGGCGUUCGAUGCGCAUCUCAGUGUGGAACAGCUCGCUGUUGUUCUCGACCUGCGACAGAUCGUGGAAGAUGUAGAUGCACAUACGGCUUGCAAGCGCAGCUGGACUGUCUACUUCACAUGGCAAUACUGGAGACCGAGGGAACUGCCGCCGAAGCCAUCGCUGGAGGAGGUCGAAUCCGCGUUACAAGAAAGUGAGGAAGCUGUUGGACCAUACGACAUUAACAUCGGCGCGGCAUUGAGGAAGCUGCUCCUAGCAUCGCGCGUGCAGCAAGACAUGGACCUGGAAAGAAAGAUACUCGAGAGAUUCGUCCAGUUCCUGGAGCACACGAAAGGACGGGAUCAGCAGGUCCUCAUCCAGGUCCUCGCGCGAGCAGGACAACUGCACUUCGCGGGCGAGGAGUACACAAGGGCCGCUCAAGAGCUGUCUCGGGCACUGGAUCUGCAUCGUCAGCUCGAACUGAAGGAUGCGAAAUGUCGUGGGCUAAUGACCCCGUACAUGUUCAUGUUCUGCAAAAAGAUGCUGGCAAUGGCGCACACCAUGGCGAAGGAUUCCGAGGCCGCGGAAGCUCUUUGCGCCGAGUUGCUUGCGGAGCUGGAGCAAAAGGAGGGCAUGCUGAACACUGAGCCCCUGGGCACGCAGAUGGUCAGAGGCAUGCUGAUCAGUGUGUACAUCCGGCGGGGCUGGAAGGCUUUGAACAGCACUGAGGGUGGCAACCCUACAGGUACCGUGUCCCGCUACCUGCGCGAUGCUCUGAGCCUCGUCGCUGUCCACCCGGCCUUCUAUGCGCACAACCUCAAGCAAGUCGGUCGCCUCUUCAUCUGGGCUGGCCGGGCCGGCGACGGCGAUACCGCGUUCAGACUGUCUAAUGCGAUAUUUGAAAGUGGAAUACGGUCGGGUACGCCGCAGCGCAACUGCCUCUGUUCCUCCACCAGCGAAGUCGAGGAACAUGGGCUGAGAAUUUGCAAUGCUUGUUCCAGGCAAAUCGCACUCGGGGAUAGGUGGUUUUUCUGCCGGAUUUGCGUCGAUACCGAUCUCUGUGCUGAGUGCUAUGCGGGGUUCGGCCGCCGCCAAGAUUCUGAGUGGGAGGAUGUGGAUAAGUUCCCGAGGGAGUGUUUAGCGCAUGAGUUUUAUGAAGUCCGGGAAGAUGAGAGGGAGGAGGAAGUCUCGGUGCAGAUGUGGAUUGCGGAGACGGUUCGGCGUUUGGAUGCGGAAAUGAGUAAUGGCGAUCGUGGAAGUGAGGUUUCUGGUUGAUUCAGAGCAGCUGCAAAUGUCAACAAAGGAAGUAGACUACCGUAUACAGUAGAGUGGAUCUUCAUUUUUCUCCGUCUUUGUGCACUAACCGCACAUCCGAUGGAAAUAUGUCCAGAGCCUAUUUACUCUACUUUUGUUUAAAAAUACCUCUUGCCUAAGCCAACCCAUCGUGGUGUAUACUUAGUGUGCGCUACUCGUAUCAUUGAGCAACUGCAUUCAAUGCUAAACGUCACACUGGUUUUCGUU